UCGGUUCCGUCUUUCUGGAGUCCCGCUCUCACACCCACCUGCUCGUCUCUCCCUUGCUCGCUCCGUCUCUCUCUCUCUCCGUCUCUCUCUCUCCCUUCGCACGCUAUCUCGCUCGUCCCAGCCCCGGCCGACGGAGCGCAGAACCUUUCCGGCUCUCUUCUCGGAGAAAAAGCGGGACAGGCACACACACACACACGCGCACUCGAGCGUGCAGAGCGAACGGUUCAGUCACACACUCGCACGCCGAACGCGUCCAGCAGCGCCAGUCGAUCGUCUGAGGGGAAGAGCCGGUAGCCGCAGCCCAGGAUGGAUGUACUUAUGAAAGGCUUUUCCAUGGCCAAGGAGGGGGUGGUGGCUGCUGCAGAGAAGACCAAAGCGGGAGUGGAGGAGGCUGCAGCCAAAACCAAGGAAGGGGUCAUGUAUGUAGGCUCAAAGACAAAGGAAGGCGUGGUUUCGGGUGUAAAUACAGUGGCCAAUAGGACCACUGAGCAGGCCAACAUCGUGGGAGAUACAGCAGUCGCCGGUGCCAACGACCUGUCCCAGAAAACCGUGGAGGGGGUGGAGAACGUGGCAGCAUCGACCGGCCUGGUCAACCCGGAGGAAGCCGCAUACGAGGCUGACUACUCUCACGGUGGAGCCAUGGAGCAAGGCGGGGAUGGAGGCGAGGGGUAUUAGUCCUGUGUCCAGGGAUCAAUUGCAUUGACCCCCAUGACCCCCGCCCUCUGCCAGCAGGAGACCCCUCCCAACUUGCCUCACCCCUCCGAGACAACAGAUGUUACUAAUAUUUUUUUGUGAUAUUAUGGAAAAGUCCCCAGUCCCCACAUAUCCCUGCUCAGUGUCACUUAGCUUUCCCAUCCACAUCGUCUGAUAUUGAUGUCUCAAUGCCUCCUUUACUGCACACACCAAUGUCGAUGUCACACCUCCCCCAUCACGCGCGUGCACAUGUGCACACACGUACAUACGUAAAUUUACACACGCACACACAAAUACAAUACACCAGAUACUCUCAAACAGGCACACACACACACACACAAUUCUAGUACAUGCACACACCACACGCCCAUACAAUCUCUCCCCUUGGCAGAGAGGAACUUCACUGUUUUGUGACAGCGAGGAAAUGAAAGGGAGUGAUGACAACGGUAUUGGAGUCACUGAGCAAGGAGACGAAAAGCUGGGGGCUGCCACAUUUAGUGACGUGAAAGCUGGUGUACAUUCAUGGCAACUAAUGCUUUUCUCAUCCAGUAAUAAUAGUUGUAAUUACUGUGUAUUCAUUUGCAUAACUUUGUUUACUGAUUAAGAGCUCUUUAAUUGAUAUCUCUCGCCCUCAGUGCCCAAAAUGCCACCCCCACACCAACCCAACCCUCACCCCUUUCUCACAUAUGACCCCCCAAUGAAAUCCCAUUCAGGGUUCAAGGAGCAGGGAGGUCAGUCAAGUAGGCAACCUGUGAGCAUCUGGGUUUGGCUCCUCGUAGCGGAUGAGAAGUUAACUCUUGUCAGAGGCAGUUAUUUUACCCAAUGAAAGCUGUUGCCCUGUUACUCGUAAGAGGAAUACUGGGGCGAGAUCAAGUGUUCCACGUAGCAGGGCUGUAUCUGUCCAUCUGGACACGGAAUGAGAGAGGAGGAAAGGGACUAUUGCAACCAGUAACUUCUUUAAAAAAAGUAAAAAUUUGACAAAAACAAACAUAGCGCCAGUAACCAUUUGGGAUUGAUGAAGUAACUGAGUGACGAGGUGGUGAUGUACCGUAAGCUGCCAAGGGGGAAUGCUGGGAUGGCUGGAGGUUUGGCCCUAGAGGAGAAAGAUUUUUUCCAUCCCAACGUCUGACUUCCAUCUCUGCUACACCACCACCCCCCUCCUCCCCGCCCCUCCCCACGACCCCACGACCCCGUGACCCCUGUCACUCAACACUGUGUUUAGCCCUUCACCCAGUCUUGUGUUUGCGUUAGGUGACUAGAACAGGUCUUUUGAACAUCGCAGAGUUGUUUUGUUGAAACCAUUGGAAACUAAAGACUGCAUGUUGCCUUACAGUGUCAGCGCUCACAUAAUAUGUACAAACACACACACACACACACACACCUAAACACAUGCACUCCCUCAUUUCCACGUGUGCUGUCACCUGAGUUUGUGUUGUGGCUGCGUCAGUAUAUCUAUGCCAGGCGUAAAUUAAACAAACAUUCUAUAGCGAAAAUACAUUGACAAACUGCGAUAAUGUUUUCUAUGUCUCACUACCCCAUCGGAUGGCUCUUUGUCAUGUAAUUGCCAGCAAUAUGUUUAUAGAUUUUUUGGGAUUUUUACUUCCCACAUAUGAUCUAAUUGUAGUUCCAGAAACUGCAGUUAUAAGACUAGCUGUAGUUGUUUUUUGUGAGGUUACAACAGGGCAGAGUUAGAGAGGUCCUCUGGAGGUAUCUUCAGCUGGGUUCUCCUGAGGUGAAAAUGACAAUGUAGACAAGGGCCUGUAUCUCACUUUAGGCAGACCUGUGAAAGCAGAGUUCAGUGAACCCAUUUGGGGAAGACUCAGGUUAGUGUCUUUCCUUCGAACCUCCCCUUUGAUGUCAAACCUCCACAUUUUAGUUUCAGUUCCAGCACCAACCCUGGAGGAAACAGCCAUGUUCUCUCCACCAACCUUUAAAUGAUGGUGCCUCCCAAUGUUUGAAUCACCAAAGAUCAUACACCAUAUAUCUCUUCUUGUGUGUUUUUGUCCCGAAAUGUGAGGCGCAUAAGCAUUUUCUUUUGAACAAACUCCACUCCCUCUAGACCAGCAAGGUGUCCCCUUAAAUAUUGUCCUAUUCUUUGGAUGUUUGCCCAUGGUUCAGCUCUGCUUACUGUUUUUCUGCAUGGAUGAAGCAGUUAUACUAAGCCCUCUACAAGUGUGGCUAAACUGUAAGCAGAAUCCAACUAGCAAAUGUCUAAGGUAGAAUGUAGCAAGACAUGCUGAUUUACCCUGCCAUACAUCUGCAACAUCAAACAUAGGCACACACACACACACACACACACACACACAUACACACACACACACACACACAGAUGUGCACCAUGUUUGAGUUGGCAUCAAAGCAGACAAGCUGAUUUUAUAAACUGUACAAGUGAAAUAAAGGCAGUUUUGGUGAAAUCCA